AAACUGCUUCCUCGCCACUCGGAAAGGCACAGUCCGCGAACAGUCCUCGUUUGGUUCAGAUCAACCUGGAGGUUUGCGUUUACAAGAGCACUCAAUAGUUUUGUCCACUGUUGUCUUUUGCUUUGCAAAACAAUCCAAUUUUAACAAUGAAAGCCUUCGUGUUGGGAUCAGUGCUUAUGGUUGCUUCGGUUUGCUCCGGAUCGUACAUUCCUUUGGACACUCCUGAAGUAGCCGCUGCCAAGGCUGCUCACUUUGCCGCCCAUGCAGCCGCCGGUGUUGGUGGUGGUCAUUGGGAUCAUCACGAUGUCCAUGUACAGAAGUGGCAUGGACCCAUCCACAUCCCAGUAAUUCACAAGGGCGUCCCUGUGGAUACCCCCGAAGUUCAGCACGCCAAGGCCUUCCACGCUGCCGCUCACGCUAAGGUCGCCGGGUAUGCUCACCAUGAUGAUGGCCACUAUGGAGGCGAUGUCCAUGUGCAGAAGUGGCACGGACCAAUCCACAUCCCAGUGAUCCACAAGGGUGUUCCAGUCGAUACCCCCGAAGUCCAGCACGCCACGGCUUUCCACCUGAACGCUCUGGCUAAGGCUGGCUCAUAUGGCUCAUAUGGCUCAUAUGGAGCAGGAGCAUGGUCCGACAACGGCAUUGGACACGAAGAUGAUGGCUCCUACAAGCCGCAUUUGUACGAGGGUGAACAAUACUAAGCCAUGCAAAUCAACGCACUGCUAGCUGUCGAAUAUGCCAAAUCUUAGGAAAUAGCCAAUAGUAAACCGUUUAACAUUCUGACCAUGUCUGGUACCUUGAAGCGACUGUAUUUCACAAAGCAUGUGCACGCGCCGCAAAUUACACACAACUAUUGAGUGCCACACAGACUUGUCACAAAGGAAGAAUUCUUCCACAAAUGUCAUCGGAAUAACAUCUUGCCGGUUCUCAGCACACCUAUUGUAGAAACUAACAUCUAUCGAAAUAGUUUGUGCUAAACAGUUUGUGGAAGUAGCUUCAUAGAAACGUCAAAUCGACCAAAGAUCCAAACUUAGAUAAUAAGAAAACCAAAGAGAUUCUGCGAUAGAAUAAUAAGUGAGUCACGAUCAAUUACUUAACGCGCAGCCGUGUACAUACUUCGAAACUGAUCUUGCUUACUGAACUGAAUGAAACUACUGAAUGCAAAGCAAAGGAUUUAAAGAAUCUAA